AUGCGCUCAAACUGGCUGUGCACGGCUUUUCUGGCCCUGGGCCACGGGGUUCCGCUCUUUCACGCAGGAGACGAGCUCCUCCGAUCGAAGUCUCUCGACCGGGACAGCUACAACAGCGGAGACUGGUUUAACCUCUUGGAUUUCACGGGCGAGCGCUCUGCAUUCGGCACGGGGCUUCCAGUCGCCGACAAGAACCGUGGGAAGUGGGACAUGAUGAGACCUCUCCUAAGAGAUCCGCGCUUGCAGCCGACUCCCGAGAUGGCCCGAGCCACCAUCGCAAAAUUCUGCGAGCUCUUGGCUAUCCGCAAGUCGACUGCUCUUUUCGGUCUCCGUGAGGCUGAGGACAUCCUCACCAAGGUGAAGUUCCCCGGCUGUGGCCGUCAUCAAGUGCCGGGCGUGGUGAUGAUGGAGGUGACCAACGGAAGGGCUGCUGCUGGUCCGAAUGCAGGCCUACCAUUGUGCGACCAGUAUGCGCGCGUGGUGGUGGUCUUUUCGUCCCGGCCCUCGCCCGUGCGGAUACCCGUACCAGCCAGCAGUUCCACUGGCACUUUACAGCUACAUCCCCUGCAAGCCUCCUCGACAGACGAGCGCACCCGACAAGCUUUUGUGGACGAAGAGAAGGACGAGCUCUUCGUUCCGGCGCUUUCCGCCAUUGUAUUUGUAGAGCCCCUACCCGGCCGCGAUGGCUACAAGGCGCACCCGCUCAAGCGGAACUUUUCCUGCGCCGUGAUGUGA